AUGCUGCACUACUCAAACUGGCUUAUAGACCUUAAGAACAGAGCAAGCUUACGAAAUGCGUGCAAAACGAGCCCGAGCACAGACGGGAACAACAGGGGGAACGCAGCGGAGGUGCAGAACAACCCGCAGCCGAAUGAAAAAAACUCCUACCUCUGGAAAAAUGGUUACAAAAUAAUCCAGAAAAUUGGAGAGGGCACAUUUUCAGAGGUGCUGAAAACCCAGAGCCUAAAGGAUGGCAAGUUUUAUGCAUGUAAAACGAUGAAGCAGACAAUUAACAGUCUGGAACAGGCAAACAACCUGCGAGAAGUCCAGGCCAUGAAGAGACUGAGUCCUCAUGCAAACAUCAUCCAACUGCAUGAACUGAUUUUUGACAAAGAAACAGGGACAGUGUCUUUAAUAUGUGAACUGAUGGAGAUGAACAUCUAUGAGUUCAUACAAGGACGAAAAGCACCACUGCCUGAAAAUACAGUUAAAAACUACAUGUACCAACUGUGCAAGUCACUUGAACAUAUACACAGUUGUGGAAUCUUUCACCGAGAUGUAAAGCCUGAAAACAUUCUCAUAAAACAAAACGUUUUGAAGCUCGCAGACUUUGGCUCGUGUCGAAGCGUGUACUCCAAGCCUCCACACACCGAGUACAUUUCCACACGCUGGUACCGAGCCCCGGAGUGCCUCCUUACUGAUGGAUAUUACAGCCUGAAGAUGGACAUCUGGAGCGCCGGUUGCGUCUUCUUUGAGAUCAUGAGCUUGAAUCCUCUCUUCCCUGGAGCCAAUGAGUUGGACCAGGUUGCCAAGAUCCACAAUGUGUUGGGGACACCCGAUCAAAGCACACUGCAGAAACUGAAACAAUCUAGAGCGAUGCAUUUCAACUUUCCCCCGAAGAAAGGCACCGGCAUCUCCAGAUUACUGCCUAACUGCCCGGCUCCAGCUCUGUCUCUGCUUUAUCAGAUGCUCGCAUACGACUCAGAUGAGCGCAUCACUGCAGAAACAGCGCUGAGGCACACAUACUUCAGAGAAAUCAGAAUGGCUGAAAAGAAAACCGAGACACGUUACCGACUUUCUGAGACUUUGGAUGGAAUAGGAAGUACUGUGAUCCAGAACUCCUUGGAGCAAAUCUGCCGACCAGCCCGACUUGGGAAACAACUGAGGGGUAGACACACGAGGCAGACACCUUUAAUGAGUCUCAACACGAAACAUGUAGCAGACCCCCUCAACAGACACUGGAAUGCCCCGCGUUGUCCGGUGGAGCUGCCAAAGCUCAACAUGGCUGUGUCAGGACCACACAUCUCAUUUCCAGUUUCUAACCUGCCUGCUGUUGCACUCAUGCACAGAGGAACGCUGCCAGCCAUCACACCAAAAAAGUGCCACACACAGUUGGCCAAGCCACGAGAUGAGUCACACCGCUCGGCUUUCAAAACCUACUACAUGCCACCUCUGGAUCGAAAACAUGGAGGCAACUGAGAGCCAAAACACUGA